CUCUAACCCAACCAUAGGCUAUGUACAAUAACAAGAGUGAAAGGCAAAACAAACCACAAUGGCUAAAUACACUUGUUCAUUUCUUCUCAUGAUUAUUUUCACUUCAGUGAUCCAGGAUGCCUAUGCUGGGGGAGAAGGAUCACUUCGUCCUGACCAAUGUGCGGGUGCAUGUGAUUAUCGUUGUUCAGCAACUAUGUACAAGAAGGCGUGUCUAACCUAUUGUAAUCUUUGUUGUGCAAAAUGUUUAUGCGUUCCAUCUGGAACAUAUGGUAACAAGGAAGAAUGUCCAUGCUACAAUAACUGGAAAACUGGGAGAGGAACACCCAAAUGUCCCUAAAUUUACAUUGUUCAUGCAUGCAUUGAUCUCUGUCAAUGCAUUUUUCUGUUACUUGAUUAUUAAUAAAGACUAUUAUUAUGUUGUUGUUAA